AAUCAUUUCGAUCCUGGAUCAAUUAGUAAUAAGACGCAUAACUCAUCUACUAUUGUAAUAUACUAGCAAUUUACUUGCGAUUCUGUUAACUCAGGCAAUCUACUUGCAUUCUUUAUAACUCGGGCGACUAACUUGCGUUACAUUUAACAUUACUGGCAAUUUACUUGCGUUAUAUUUUUAUUUUAGAUUUAUUAUUUGUGAUUAAUCAAGUUCAGUUCAUCCAAUUAUUAUCUUACGUGACUGGCGAUAUACUCGCAAUAUGAAACUACACUGUGCCAUGCACCCAUUUAUAUUAUAAUAUCCAAUGUUUACAUCUUCUUGUAAGUAAUUAAAUAUUGUUAUAAUUGGCAAUAAACAAUCAUUGUAACUGUUAAUCCUUUGACAACAUAUAUCACUUUUUAUCCUGUUUAUAUCCUAUUCUACUGAGAAUCAGUAGAAAAUUAAUACAAACAGUCGAAAAUGGAUGCAAAAGUCGAUAUUGAGUUGAAAAAAAAUUUACGAGAAGGUGUUAAUCCUCUAAGCGCCUUUACAUUUUCAUGGGUUUUGAAGAUAUUUUGGAAAGGAUUCAAACGGGAUUUGGAAGUCGAGGAUCUUUUUAGGCCACUGAAAGAACACAAAAGCAGUGUACUGGGUGAUAAAUUAUCAGCAGCAUGGGACAAACAAGUCAAACAAUAUAACGCGAACAAAAAAUUGAUAGAAAAAUCAGACAGAUCAAACAGUAAUUCAAAAAGGAAGCAUAAAAAAAAUAAAAAACCUAGUUUACUAUAUGCAUUGAUAAGAGUUUUUGGUGUUCGGUUUGCUCUUUAUGGAAUCGCCUUAGGUAUUAUGGAGCUCGUUAUUCGAGUUCUGCAGCCACUAGCUCUAGCUCGUCUUUUACGUUUCUUCACGACAUCAGAUAUAAGCAAAACAGAAGCAUUUCUAUACGCUGGUGGCGUAAUAAUGUGUUCAGUAAUACAUAUUUUUGUAGCACAUCCCUCGUUUAUGGCAAUUUUUCAUAUGGGUAUGAAGCUACAGGUAGCAUGUCGCUCACUGAUUUACCGUAAAGCCUUGAAGCUGUCAAGAACAGCUCUAGGUGAAUCAACAGUUGGCCAAGUUGUUAAUCUUUUAUCAAAUGAUGUGAAUAAAAUAGAUCUUGCUGUGGUAUUUUUUCACUAUCUUUGGAUCAGUCCUGUUGGAACUGUUAUCAUUACGUACUUGAUGUAUUUAGAAGUCGGUGCAGCCGCGAUUAUUGGAGUAGCGUCGCUGCUGAUGUUUAUACCUCUACAGGGAUGGCUGGGUAAAAAAUCAUCAAUUUUACGUUUACGAACGGCGAUACUUACUGACGAGAGAAUACGUCUGACCAAUGAAAUCAUCAGUGGUAUUCAAGCUAUCAAGAUGUACGCUUGGGAGCAUCCAUUUAGUAAUCUUAUUGAAGACGCACGUAAGAAAGAAAUGCAAGUUAUAAGAAAAUCAUCAUUUAUACGGGGUGUUACCAUGUCAUUUAUGAUGUUUUCAUCUGGUUUAUCAUUAUUUAUCACAAUAUUGGCUCAUUUAGUAUCAGGUAAUCAAAUAACUGCUGAAACUGUAUAUAUGCUAACGGCAUAUUACAGUAUUUUGCGUCAAACUAUGACGAUAUAUUUUCCACAAGGUAUUAGCGGAGUAGCUGAAACUUCAGUGUCAAUAAAACGUCUUGAGAAUUUUUUGAUGUACGAGGAAAUGAAAGUAAAUAAUAAUGAUGGUAAUAAAAAUGGUCGAAAAUACGCAGGUAAAAAUUCACGGGAAAAUAAUUUAGAUUCUGAUGAUAAAGACACGAAGGAUGAAGAAAUGGUUGAGUUGCUAGCAAAUUUUAACGAUGGGUCUAUAACACUUGAUGGGGCUUAUGCUAAAUGGUUGGACUCUAAUCAUGAAGAUACAUUGAAAGGAAUCAAUAUACAUAUUGAACCAGGUCAAUUAGUGGCUGUAGUUGGGCAAGUUGGUUCAGGUAAAACAAGCUUACUCAAUGCUAUUCUCAAAGAACUUCCAGCGCACACGGGAAGUGUUGAUGUAGGCGGUAAAGUAGCUUAUGCGAGUCAAGAACCCUGGUUAUUCCCUGGUUCAGUAAGGCAGAAUAUACUCUUUGGACGUCCAUGGGAUGCUAGGAAAUACGAUAAAGUUGUCAAAGUAUGUCAGCUGAAACGAGAUUUUUCACUAUUCCCAUACGGCGACAAGACUAUUGUCGGUGAACGCGGGGUAAGUUUAUCUGGUGGACAGAGAGCGCGUAUCAAUUUAGCGCGGGCUGUUUACUCGGAUGCACCGAUAUUUUUACUAGACGAUCCACUGAGUGCAGUAGACGCGCACGUGGGUAAACACAUGUUCGAAGAGUGUAUUGAAAAGUACUUGAAUGGAAAAACAAGAAUACUUGUGACACAUCAGAUACAAUUUUUAAGUAAUAUUGAGAAGAUAAUUAUCAUGAAGGAUGGUGCUAUUAUUGCUGAAGGCAGUUACAAUAAACUAGUGAAGAUGGGUGUUGACUUCGGUCGUUUACUCGAUUCUGCACCAAAAGAAGAGACUGAAGAAACUUUGUCUCAGCCAAGAAGUCGUAAGAGUUCACGGCAGUUAAGUGUUACAUCAAUUAAUUCAGUGAUGACUAAUGAUGCUACAGGCCAGGGUCAAGCUGAGCCUGAAGAAAUUGCUGAGAUGCGUUCUAAAGGUUCAAUUGGUGGACAUGUGUACGCAUCUUAUUUCAAAGCUGGUGGCAAUUGUUGCGUGAUUUUCGUGGUACUGCUACUAUGUGUACUGGCUCAAUUGGCAGCUAGUAGCGGAGAUGUUUUCGUUGCAUUUUGGGUAAAUCUUGAACAAGAGAGUAGUAAUAAUUUCACCUUGAGUAAUUUAACUCAAACUCCUAAUAAAAAAUCUGGAUUAGCAGAUCAAGAAAGGUUUAAUUGCGUUUAUAUUUUUACAGCAUUGACAGUAUUGACAGUUAUUACAACAUUUAUAAGAUCCUUUGCGUUUAUUAAUUUGUGUGUGUGCGCUUCUAAACGUUUGCAUGAUAAAAUGUUUCGUAGUAUUAGUCGCGCACCAAUGAGAUUUUUUAAUACAAAUUCUUCUGGACGUGUUUUGAAUCGUUUUUCUCGGGACAUGGGUGUUAUCGAUGAAUAUCUGCCAAUGAAUAUGAUCGAUUGUAUGCAGGCAGCCCUGUUGCUCAUCGGUACUAUUGUCAUUGUUGUUUCUAUCAAUGUCUGGCUACUGAUACCUACAGUCAUUAUUUCCGUUAUAUUUUACGGUUUACGGCUUAUUUAUAUACCUACAAGCCGUAGUGUUAAACGACUCGAAGGUGUAACAAGAUCACCGGUAUAUAGUCAUUUGAACACAACAUUACAAGGUCUGACAACAAUACGUUCAUUUAAUGCAGAAGAAAUACUUACGAAAGAAUUUGAUCAUCAUCAGGAUCUCCAUUCCUCCGCAUGGUAUAUUUUUAUAGCAUCGUCACGUGCCUUCGGCUAUUGGCUCGAUAUGUUUUGUCUUAUCUACAUCAGCCUUGUAACUACUAGUUUUUUAUUCGUGACUACCAACGACAAUGAUACAUAUGAAGGUGGCAAUGUUGGUCUGGCAAUAACACAAUGUAUCGGAUUAGCAGGAGUGUUUCAGUGGGGAAUGCGACAGGCCACUGAGGUGGAGAAUCAAAUGACUUCGGUGGAGCGUGUGCUUGAGUAUACUAACAUUGAGAGUGAACCGGCACUCGAGAGUUUGCCUGAAAAAAAACCCAAAGGUGACUGGCCGUCGAGAGGUAAAGUCGAAUUUAGAAGCGUUUACUUGGCUUAUUCUCCACUAGAACCACCGGUACUCAGGAAUCUCAACUUUACUAUUGAGCCACGUGAAAAAAUAGGAAUUGUUGGACGCACUGGAGCAGGAAAAUCUUCCCUAAUAGCUGCCUUAUUCCGGCUCGCCGAGAUUGAGGGUAACAUUGAGAUCGAUGGUGUAGAUACCGGUGAAAUUGGACUCCACGAUUUUCGCGCCAAGAUAAGCAUAAUUCCACAAGAGCCUUUCUUGUUCUCCGGUACAUUGAGAAGAAAUCUCGAUCCCUUUGAACAGUAUCCAGACAGUGUACUGUGGUCGGCAUUGGAAGAUGUUGAACUUAAAGAAAUGGGCCUUGAGGGCCACGUUAAUGAAGGCGGUACUAAUUUAAGUGUUGGACAACGGCAGUUAGUUUGUCUUGCGCGUGCUAUUGUUAGAAAUAAUAAAGUUCUUGUACUCGAUGAAGCCACCGCAAACGUUGAUCCACAGACGGACGAGUUCAUCCAGAAGGCCAUUAGACGUAAAUUCGCCGAUUGCACCGUUCUUACGAUCGCCCAUCGACUAAAUACUGUUAUGGACAGCGACAGGAUAUUGGUCAUGGAUGCCGGUUCCGCUGUGGAAUUCGAUCACCCACAUAUUUUGCUUCAAAAUGAUAAUGGAUGUUUAACGAAGAUGGUUGAGGAAACUGGCUUUUCAAUGACAGAAGCGCUCAAAAAUGUUGCUAAACAAAAUUAUGAACUCCGUACGCUACCUGUCACGAUAAGGCGUUGAUGUUAACGUUUCUUAAUUAAAAUCAUCUGCCAUUGACAAAUUGUUAUUUUAAUGAACUUAUAAAUACUUUCUAUUUAGUAGGUUUUUUCUACAAGUCUGUACAGCACAAUUUUGUACAUAACCAACUUAAUCGAACUUGCCUAAAAAAACCGAUUGUACUUAAUGUUUGAUCAAACAAUGGAUCGAUCCAUUAAAUUUAAUUUAGGUCACUUAUCAAAGAUUCUCAUUUUUUUUAUUUACGCAUUAUCGUUAUUAUGAAUUAUUUCGAAUAUUUAUAUACAAGAUCUGUAAUUAGAUCGUCGAUUAUAAAUUAAAAUUGUACAUUAUUAUAUAAAUAUACAGUAUUAUUUUUAAUAACUGUUAUGAAAAUUGAUUUGUUUGUAAAUAAAACGAUCGAUGAAUGUGAAUAAAAUUGACUCAAUUAGUGCUAUUG